AUGGCUGACCCCCCUUCACCCUCGGGGAUCUCACCCCGCAAUACAUCCAUCCGUCGCCGUCUCCCCGCGCGUACCCCAUUAGAGACCAUCCCUGACUGGCCACAACGCCGCAACUCAACGCUAUCAGAUACUAUCUCAGAGGCUCGCAACUCUAUCCGAUCCUCCACAGAUGAAAUAUUCCUGCCACGGGUUGCCAGACACAAUGGAGACCCGAUCGCAUUGGAAGAGUCUCAUUGGCACUCCGCACCACUGGCCUUGGCACUGCUGCCGGCUAUCGCGGGGGUCAUGUUCAAAGAGGGAAGUUCGUUUGUCACUGAUGUGACAUUGUUGGUACUGGCGGCUGUCUUCCUCAAUUGGUCUGUUCGAUUACCAUGGGACUGGUAUCGUUCAGCUCAGGCAGUCCAGCGUGACGGAUCCAGAUAUUCCCCCGUUGCCGAAGACAUCGUGGAAGGCGACGACGCCGUGGAGUCGGGCGAAGAAGCCCAGUCCCGUCCCCAGCCCCAGCCCCAGCCCCCACGGGUAUCAAACGAAGCGGCCAUCAAAGAGCUCCAGUUCCAUGAGCUCGUCGCAUUAGCUUCAUGUUUUAUCUUCCCUCUAAUCGGCGCCUGGCUCCUCCACGGAAUAAGGAACAGUCUCUCAAGACCAUCAGAAGGUCUCGUGUCAAACUACAACCUAACAAUCUUCCUCCUCGCAUCAGAAAUCCGUCCAUUCGCACAUCUCCUCAAACUAUUCCAAGCAAGAACCCUCCACCUACAACGUAUCAUUGCAAAGGAAGACCGAAUCGAUCCACCCAACCUCCAAGACCUCACAAAACGUCUCGAGGAACUAGAAGCUUACGUCGCAGAAGCUGCAACCCUAUCCCCCAAAGACUCCAAAGACACAAACCCACAACAAGACAAACUCAUCACCCAAGCCGUAGCCGAAUCCCGUCUCGCAUUGCAGCCCGACAUUGAGGCUCUCAAUCGCGCAGUCCGUCGCUACGAGAAACGCACCGCUUUGAUAUCCCUCCAAUCAGAUACACGCUUCCAACUCCUCGAAGCCCAAACUCGUGACGCAUUAGCAUUGGCAGCGGCGGCCCAACGAUCAAAUCUAUCCCGUCGCUCGAGCUAUGCGUUUAUAUUACUUGACUGGGCCUGCGCGUGUAUUGUUGUUCCCGCUCAACUCGCAGUAUCUAUUCUCAAUUUACCCGGUCGUGCGGUGAAUUGUUGUUUGAAGACUGCGAAGAGUAUGCUAGCUUCGAAGUCGCAGUCGCAGUCGCAGGCACUGUCACGUUCGAAGUCGAGUAAAGGGAAAUCUGCUCAGGGUCAUAAAGGUCAAUCACGAGCGCCUGCGAAAGGACCGGCUUCUGUUUCGCUUGCGUCGCAGUCUUUGAAGUUAAAUUCGAAGAAUUCUUCUCGCUAG